CAACAAGUUCCCGUCACAGGCAUGGGCCCUGGAGCCAGCUGCUGCCCGGAGGCCCCAGGCCAUCAUGGGGAUUACCACCCUGUGCUCCCUCUGGGUGGUGCUGCUGCUCCCUAUUGUGGUGUCUGGGGUCCCCACUGAGGAGCCCACCUCUGGGGAAGCCAUGGACCCCAGCUUCCCUGGUGGCUGCCGACGGUGCUGUGACUCAGAGGACAUGCUACCCCCAGCCGACGCUUCUUCUGCAGCCUCUCCAUCCGCCCUCCCCUACGCCCUGCCUGAGGUCAGGCCCUACAUAAACAUCACCAUCUUGAAGGGUGACAAAGGGGACCGUGGCCUACUGGGCACACCAGGGAAGCUGGGCAAAGAGGGCCCCCGAGGGGACCGGGGCCCGCAGGGCACCAAGGGUGCCAAGGGGCAGGCGGGCAGCCCGGGCAGCCCGUGCCGCACCCGCUCCUCAGCCUUCUCGGUGGGCCGCAAGACUGCCCUGCACAGCAGCGAGGACUUCCAGCCGCUGCUGUUCGACACUGUCUUCGUGAACCCUGACGGGCACUUUGACAUGGCUGCCGGCCACUUCGUCGCGCCCCUGCGCGGCCUCUACUUCUUCAGCCUCAACGUGCACAGCUGGAACUUCAAGGAGACCUACGUGCACGUGGUGCACAACGAGGAGGCGGCCGUCAUCCUGUACGCGCAGCCCAGCGACCGCAGCAUCAUGCAGAGUCAGAGCGUCAUGCUGGCCCUGGCGCCCGACGACCGUGUCUGGGUGCGGCUCUUCAAGCGCGAGCGCGAGAACGCCGUGUACAGCGACGACGUGGACACCUACAUCACCUUCAGUGGCCACCUCAUCAAGCCUGAGGAUGACUGAGCGCCUCCUGUUGCCCUCAUGGCUGGUGACUCAGGAGCUGGGUGGCUGUGAGCUGGUCCUACCCCACUGGGCUGGGUUUCCCACGGGAGGUGGGGAUGCCCGAUGUCCUCUUCUUUCCUUACUGCCACAGUCCCUCCCGUUCUGCUUCUGCCCCUUCACCUCUCCGGCAUUUAUUUCCAGGAACUUUCUAACCUCCAUAUUCUAGAACUUUCCUAGACUCACAGCUCAGCCCUCUCAUACUUUAAGGUGGCAUCUGACUUCCAAGGAUCUUGUAAAAUUGCAGAUGAUCCAGCUGGUCUGGAGUGGGCCCCAGAAUUCUGCAUUUCUGACAAGUUCCUCCACAAUGCUGAGAUUAAUGGCCUAUGGACCAUACUGAAGUGAUCAGUGCUUUAUUCUGGUACUUCCUGAACAUUCUAGUACAUGCUAGACCUUUCUGAACACUUUAGUACUCUCUCGACCUCUUGGAACAUUCUACAAUUUCCUGAACAUUCUAGUAUAUGCUAACUUUAUCUGAAUAUUGCGGAAUCUUCUAGUCACUCUAGGAUUCUCCCAAUAUCCUCAAAUUCUCACAUCACUGCAGGACUGCCCUCCCUGUUCUCUUUGCCCUUUCCUUCUGAUGUUAAUCCUCUCUUUACCUCCAUCCCUGCAAUGGCCAUUCAUUUAUUCAUUCAUCAAACACUGAGCAUUUGCUCCAUGCUUAACCCCACAAAAUCAGAGGCAAAUCAGACACAGGCUCUGCAUCCUGCCCUGCCCUUGGUGCGCACCCAGUCCAGCCUGGGUGGGGGUGGGACAAAAACCAAUGAGUACACAGACUUGAAUCCCGACCCGGAGAGCAUGCAGGCCUCUCUUCAGAUAGGCCUGUGCUCUGGGUGCUCAGGUCCCCCUUUUCCCACCAUGCCCUGCACAGGGUCCCCAAGGGGUGUGCUGUCCCCUUCCCACUCCACCUUCUUGCCCAGUGCCCAUCAUGAAAGGCAUCCCCAGAGGAGCCUUGGCUAGGUCAAGGGCUGUGUGGGAGAGGACUCUGGAGUUGGAGAACCAAAGGAGACCCUGGGGAAUGGAGCCCAGACUCCUAGUGCCCCACACAGCUUACAGUGGCCCGUUGGGACUCUGGGCCUCCCAUCUAUAUCUCGGCUGCCCACCCCAGGGCUCCUCAGGGCCUUGCUCAGCCCCUCUUGCUAAAAGCAUCUGUCAGACAUGGGUUUCAGCCGUGGUCAGACAUGUUGUCUGUCCCAGGUGCUGUCUGACCUUCCUGGCCACUCUCAUGGGCCCAGUGCCCCGACUUGCCAGGCUUUCUCAAGGUGCUAAGGCCAGGUGGGCAGCUCCUGCCAUGGUGCCCUCUCUGGUGGUGCUGCCCUGACAGGUGCAGUGGAAUGUGGGCCAGGACUAAAGGCCACAGCCUGGGAGCCCCUGGCAGGCCCAUGGAGGUGAUAUGGGCCACAUUCAGGUCACUGGGGCCUCCCCUGAGCUGUGCUGCCAAGAGAUCCUGGCAGAGGUCUCUGUCCUCUUGUCCUGGGGGAGUGGGGGCCACCCUCUUCCUCUUUCCUUGCAGGUGUCCUGGCCCUUUCCCCAGCAGGUCACAGCCUCUCACCAUUGGUGCUUUUGUAGACCCUGGGGCAGAGGGUGUCCUGGGGUGGGCUCUGGUGCUCACAGCUCAAGGGAGCCAUGGCCAAGUGGCAGGGUGAUUGGAACAGCCCGCCACGUGCCACCAAAGCUGGUGCUACAGGCCACCUCUAGCCAGACCACACUCUGCGCUGCUUGUUUAUGUGAUUAAAGGAUGCCGCG